ACACUUGUCUAUUUUCCUUCUCUUCACUCUCUUCUCCAUUUUUUUUCUUCUCUGCAAAUAUUACUCACAGAAGAAAAAACUGAGAGUCAACAGAAAAUUCCGGCAAUGACUAAUGUUAAAUGGGGCGGCGUUUGUGCGGCGGUUGUUGUGUUUAUGUUCGUCGGCGUUAUGGUGACUGUACGGAACGACGGGAUCUCUGGUUUUUUAAGGAAUGUUGAAAUGGAAACAGAGCAUUUGCAGAGCUUGAAAAACUCAUCAAUGGCGGUCAGUAAUGGAGAAGCAGCAGAAACUGAGGAAUGGAAAAAUGAACAUGCUGUUAAUGACCCUGAAGAAGUUGUCUCUAUGGUUGAAAUGAGCAUCCGAAAUAGUACAGAAAGGAGAAAGUUGGGAUAUUUCUCGUGUGGGACGGGGAAUCCUAUUGACGAUUGUUGGCGUUGUGACCCCAAUUGGCUAAAGAAUCGGAAGAGGCUAGCUGAGUGUGGUAUUGGUUUCGGCAGAAAUGCGAUCGGGGGGCGUGAUGGUCGUUUCUAUGUUGUUACUGAUGCUGGUGAUGAUGACCCUGUGAACCCAAGGCCCGGAACUUUACGUCAUGCUGUUAUCCAAGAUGAGCCCUUGUGGAUUGUGUUCAAAAGGGAUAUGGUGAUUCAAUUGAAGCAGGAACUUAUUAUGAACAGCUUCAAGACAAUUGAUGGGCGUGGGUCCAAUGUUCAUAUAGCUAAUGGAGCGUGUAUCACUAUCCAAUUUGUGACCAAUGUGAUUAUUCAUGGUCUCCAUAUUCAUGACUGUAAACCAACCGGCAAUGCUAUGGUUAGAAGCUCACCUAGCCACUACGGGUGGAGGACAAUGGCUGAUGGUGAUGCUAUCUCUAUUUUUGGGUCUAGUCAUGUUUGGAUUGACCAUAACUCACUUUCUCAUUGUGCUGAUGGCCUUGUUGAUGCUGUCAUGGGUUCUACUGCCAUUACCAUCUCUAACAACCAUUUAACUCAUCAUAAUGAGGUUAUGCUAUUAGGCCACAGUGAUUCCUACACUAGAGACAAGCUAAUGCAAGUCACCAUUGCUUACAACCAUUUUGGAGAAGGACUUAUCCAGAGAAUGCCAAGAUGUAGACAUGGAUAUUUCCAUGUGGUGAACAAUGACUAUACUCACUGGGAAAUGUAUGCAAUUGGAGGAAGUGCUAACCCCACCAUUAACAGUCAGGGUAACAGAUACAAUGCACCAGUCAACCCUUUUGCUAAGGAGGUGACAAAGAGAGUAGAAACACCAGCUGGCCAAUGGAAGAAUUGGAACUGGAGAUCAGAAGGAGACCUACUAGAAAAUGGUGCAUACUUCACUCCAUCAGGAGCUGGAGCAUCAGCCAGCUAUGCUCGAGCCUCAAGCUUAGGAGCCAAGUCAUCUACAAUGGUCGGAACAAUCACAGCUAAUGCCGGUGCCCUCGGUUGCCGCAGGGGCCGCCAAUGCUAAUAUUCUUUAUAGUCCAUUAAAGUGGCCAAAACAGGCCAGUCAAUUCCUGCUUUUUUUUUAUCUCAGCAAUUGUUUUCUUAUUACUUCCUUUUUUUCUGGUUUAGUUACCCUUAAGUCUAUAUGUGUCAUUACCAAAAAUAUAUUGGCAAGUGUACUUUUUUUACACAUUGUCAUUAUAUUUUCAUACCCAAUAUUAUUAUCUUCUUCCCCAAGCCAUCUGUUAUUUUUCAACCUCGGCCUGCUUCAAAACACCCCAAAUAUCAUUCUUACAGAGGCAGGUGCAGAAGCGUUGCCUAUUUUUUUUAAGUUUCAUAUCCCAUUUGCCUUCUAACUACCAUUAAAAUGUGUCGUUUUCGAGUUAAAAGUGUCGGUUUGUGUAGUGCUUUUUGAGUCUUAUAGGAUUUGAAAUAUGAAUUUGUGGUCAAUUUGUGUAGUGAAUGAUAGAAGCAAAAUAGCAAGGAUUUGAAUUUGAAGUUAUGUAAGAACAAGAAAAAAUCUUUGUAAUAGACAAUGAAUAGAUAUAGCAAUGAAUGAUCUUUAUUA